AUGCCUACUCUACUCGAAGUGCUUACCAGACGCAACCCUGAUUUCGUCGAAAGGUUGCCUAAUGGUGGCUCACUCACUACCAAUCACAUGUAUCCCACAGUGAAUGGAAAAGAGGAUUGGGUUGACUUCAGCUACCAGAACCUGCUGCAGAUGUUUCCUAUCCUGACAGCAGAGCUGGCUGAGGAUAUUCCAGAGCCCUCGGACCCUGAAGGUGCAGAAAAAGAGGACUGGGGUGAGGAUUCGACGAAGGCUUUUUUUCAGCGCACAAUGUUUGUGGCCAUAAACGCAGCCCUGAAGCAGUCGUGGAAAUCACUGCACAACUCAAGUGAUCCUCCCCAGAUUGUUACUGGGGAUAAAGCCAAGAGCACCAACCAAACUGACGACUCGAGAUAUUCUCCCGAUCUGGCUGUAGUCCGGACUUCUCGGAAACAGUUUUUAUCGUCAAAAUACGAGAACCUUAUCCCAGGCGACGUCAAAGAGGCCACAAAGUGGAACGCUGAAAUCGAAGAAUACGAACGGGACAAAUAUGAUCAAGUAUUUGGCCAGAUGCAGCAAUACUGCGAGCAAACUCAGCAACGGUAUGCCUUUGUCAUCACAGGCCGAGAGUUGGUCGUUAUCCACUGCCGCGUGGAGGAUAUCGGGAGUGGGAUAGCCGCCAACCGCACUCGAAGGGAGCCUAAAACUCCACCACGGAAGAGCCAUAUGAGAAAUCUAUCAGAUGUUACCGAUUUAUCUCCCCUCAGCUCACGAGUGGAUCGAAUGUCUAUAUCCGGUACGAGCUAUAGAGACGACAGGAGUAGGGUUGAUUUUGCACCCCUGCAACGGGUGCAUGUCCCAUAUUCAGCCUAUGGAUCUGGUAAACUGACGUUCCGGUUGGCACUGUGGGCUAUAUGUAUGCUUGCCGCCACGCCGGGGAAUUCUACCCAUUUGCAAGCCGAGUAUGUGUAUCCCCUGCAUAGCGUUAUACAAACCCAGCGUGGGUUCCUCCACCUGUCAACUGGAGCAGUAACGCAGCAAGUGCCUGAAGGAGCCCAGUUAGUGGAGGCACCCCAAGACCUCGCUAUUGCGAAAAACGAUUCUUUCUUGGCAGAACACGUCCGCGCUGCUGAACGGCAUCCAUCUGAACCUGGGUUGGUAGUGACGCUCAAAGACGCCACUCUUCCUAGAUACAUUGUCCGUGAUGGUAAUCGAUUCUGGAGCCGUGCGAAACAACGGUGGUAUCACCUUGUGCGGGCAGAAAAUGGGACGGCGAUCUGGGAAGAGUUCGAGAGCAGAUCCUAA